AUGGUGGCUUCUGCCAAGGCUGCAGUUCCCACAGUAGCUGAUCAGGCAGCAGCCAUGCAGUUGGGUCAGUGUGCGAAAAAUCUUGCAACCAGCUUGGCUGAGCUACGUACAGCGGCACAGAAGGCCCAUGAAGCUUGUGGACCUAUGGAAAUUGAUUCAGCCUUGAAUGCUGUUCAGACUCUAAAGAAUGAGCUGCAGGAUGCUAAGAUGGCAGCUACAGAUGGCCAGUUGAAACCUCUUCCAGGAGAGACGUUAGAGAAGUGUGCCCAGGACCUUGGCAGCACCUCGAAGACUGUUGGUUCCUCCAUGGCUCAGUUACUGACGUGUGCCGCUCAAGGGAAUGAACAUUACACAGGUGUUGCUGCAAGAGAGACAGCACUGGCUUUGAAAACUUUGGCACAGGCAGCUAGAGGGGUUGCAGCUUCCACUAGUGAUCCGCAAGCUGCCAGUGACAUGCUGGACUCAGCCAGAGAUGUGAUGGAUGGGUCAGCUAAACUCAUCCAGGAAGCGAAGCAAGCUCUUGUGGCUCCAGGGGAUGCAGAGGUCCAGCAAAGGCUGGCCCAAGUGGCAAAAGCUGUAUCUCACUCACUGAAUAACUGUGUGAAUUGCCUUCCUGGGCAAAAGGAUGUGGACAUGGCCUUAAAGAGCAUUGGAGAGUCCAGUAAAAAGCUUUUAGUGGAUUCGCUUCCUCCAAGUACCAAGUCUUUCCAGGAGGCACAGAGUGAGCUAAAUCAGGCAGCAGAGGACCUUAACCAGUCUGCUGGAGAAGUGGUCCAUGCUUCCCGUGGCCAGAGUGGGGAGCUGGCAGCUGCUUCUGGAAAAUUCAGUGAAGAUUUUGAUGAGUUCCUCGAUGCUGGUCUUGAAAUGGCUGGACAGACCCAGAACAAAGAUGACCAGCUGCAAGUUAUAGGGAAUCUGAAGACCAUCUCAAUGGCAUCUAGCAAACUGCUUCUUGCUGCAAAGUCUCUUUCUGUGGAUUCUGGGGCUCCAAGUGCCAAGAAUCUUCUGGCGGCAGCUGCGAGGGCCGUGACAGAGAGCAUAAACCAACUGAUCACUUUAUGUACCCAGCAGGCUCCAGGACAGAAGGAAUGUGAUAAUGCUCUGCGUGAGCUGGAGACAGUAAAGGGCAUGCUUGAGAACCCCAAUGAGCCAGUCAGUGACCUUUCAUACUUUGACUGCAUAGAAAGUGUGAUGGAGAACUCGAAGGUUCUUGGAGAAUCAAUGGCAGGAAUAUCUCAGAAUGCCAAAACAGGAGACUUGCCAUCCUUUGGGGAAUGUGUGAGCGUAGCAUCUAAGGCUCUGUGUGGUCUUACAGAAGCUGCUGCCCAGGCGGCCUACCUCGUGGGCAUUUCUGACCCCAAUAGCCAAGCUGGUCAGCAGGGGCUUGUUGAUCCCAUUCAAUUUGCCAGAGCCAAUCAAGCCAUCCAAAUGGCAUGCCAGAACCUAGUGGAUCCAGCCAGCAGUCCAUCUCAGGUUCUGUCAGCUGCCACAAUAGUUGCCAAACACACAUCCGCGCUGUGCAAUGCCUGCCGCAUUGCAUCUUCCAAAACAGCCAAUCCUGUGGCUAAGAGGCACUUUGUCCAGUCAGCCAAAGAGGUGGCGAACAGUACUGCCAACUUAGUGAAAACUAUCAAGACCUUAGAUGGAGAUUUUUCAGAUGAGAAUCGUGAGAAAUGCAGCACAGCCACUGCCCCUCUCAUUUCAGCUGUGGAGAACCUGACUGCUUUUGCAUCAAACCCUGAAUUUGCUAGUAUUCCUGCUCAGAUCAGUGCAGAGGGGUCGAAUGCUCAGGAACCUAUUUUAGUAUCUGCUGUUACCAUGCUGGAGAGCUCCUCAUCACUUAUAAAGACAGCACGCUCUUUAGCAAUCAAUCCAAAAGAUCCACCAACAUGGUCAAGCCUGGCUGGUCACUCUCGUGUAGUAUCUGACUCCAUCAAGAGCUUGAUUACAUCCAUCAGGGACAAAGCACCAGGACAGAGAGAAUGUGACCAGUCUAUUGAUAGCAUCAACCGAUGUAUUCGUGAUAUUGAACAGGCAUCUCUUGCUAGUGUCAGCCAAAAUCUGGCUAUGAGAGAUGAUAUAUCACUAGAGGCGCUUCAAGAACAACUAACAUCUGUGGUUCAAGAGAUUGGUCACCUUGUGGAUCCUAUUACCACAGCUGCAAGAGGAGAAGCUGCUCAGCUCGGGCACAAGGUCAUUCAGCUUGCUCGCUACUUUGAACCUCUGAUCCUAGCUGCUGUUGGUCUAGUUUCCAAAAUUCUUGACCAUCAACAACAGAUGACUGUGCUGGAUCAAACCAAGACACUUGCAGAGUCUGCAUUACAGAUGCUGUACGCUGCUAAGGAAGGUGGAGGUAAUCCAAAGGCAUCGCAUACGCAUGAUGCAAUAGCAGAGGCAGCCCAGCUAAUGAAAGAGGCAGUGGAUGACCUUAUGAUCACCUUGAAUGAGGCUGCCAGUGAAGUGGGCAUGGUAGGAGGCAUGGUAGAUUCCAUUGCAGAUGCCAUGAGCAAGUUGGAUGAGGGCACACCACCAGAACCCACAGGAACAUUUGUGGACUACCAAACCACAGGUGUUAAAUAUUCCAAAGCUAUUGCAGUAACUGCACAAGAGAUGAUGACUAAAUCUGUCACAAACCCCGAAGAGCUUGGUGGGCUUGCAUCACAAGUAACCAGUGACUAUGGAAACCUUGCUGUCCAAGGUCGCAUGGCAGCAGCCACAGCUGAGCCCAAAGAGGUUGGGUUCCAAAUUAAAACAAGGAUCCAGGAUUUGGGACAUGGUUGUAUUUUUUUGGUGCAGAAAGCUGGAGCUUUACAGAUUUGUCCAUCUGACAGUUAUACCAAGCGGGAGUUGAUUGAAUGUGCCCGGGCUGUGACAGAAAAGGUAUCCCUGGUCCUGACUGCUUUUCAAGCAGGUAACAAGGGAACACAAGCCUGCAUUACUGCAGCUUGUGCGGUAUCUGGUAUCAUUGCAGAUCUGGAUACCACCAUCAUGUUUGCCACUGCUGGCACACUCAACUCUGAAAAUAAGGAAUCCUUUGCUGACCACAGGGAAAACAUCCUUAAGACUGCCAAGGCUCUUGUAGAGGACACCAAGCUGCUGGUGUCAGGUGCUGCAUCUAGUCAGGACAAGCUGGCACAGGCUGCCCAGUCAUCAGCAAACACUAUUACACAGCUGGCAGAGGUGGUGAAAUUGGGUGCAGCCAGUCUAGGGUCUGAUGAUCCUGAAACCCAGGUGGUGCUAAUCAAUGCAAUAAAAGAUGUUGCAAAGGCUCUAGGGGAUCUAAUAGGGGCCACAAAAGGUGCAGCAGGGAAGCCAGCAGAUGAUCCAUCAAUGUACCAGCUGAAAAGUGCAGCUAAGGUCAUGGUGACAAAUGUUACAUCCCUGUUAAAGACUGUGAAAGCUGUGGAAGAUGAAGCCACACGUGGAACCAGGGCAUUGGAGGCCACAAUUGAACACAUCAAGCAGGAGCUAACUGUCUUCCAAUCCAAGGGUGUUCCUGAAAAGACAACUUCUCCUGAGGAAUCAAUCCGGAUGACCAAAGGAAUCACUACAGCAACAGCAAAAGCAGUGGCAGCUGGAAAUUCAUGCCGGCAAGAAGAUGUCAUUGCUACUGCCAACCUGAGCCGAAAAGCUGUCUCAGAUAUGUUGACAGCCUGCAAGCAAGCAGUGUACCACCCAGAUAUCAGCGAAGAAACAAGGCAACGAGCUCUGAAAUAUGGAACAGAAUGUACACAGGGAUACCUGGAGAUGCUGGAGCAUGUGUUAUUAAUUUUACAGAAACCCAGUCCUGAGGCAAAACUUAAGUUGGCUGCCUAUUCAAAACGCAUUGCGUCUGCUGUAACAGAACUGAUCCAGACCACAGAAACCAUGAAAGGCACAGAAUGGGUAGAUCCUGAAGAUCCCACAGUGAUCGCCGAGACGGAGCUGCUUGGAGCUGCAGCUUCUAUAGAGGCAGCAGCCAAAAAACUGGAACAGCUUAAGCCACGAGCCAAGCCAAGACAGGCAGAUGAAACACUGGAUUUCGAGGAGCAGAUCCUGGAAGCAGCAAAGUCAAUUGCAGCUGCUACAAGCGCGCUAGUGAAAUCUGCUUCAGCGGCUCAGAGAGAGCUGGUGGCACAAGGCAAGGUUGGAGCAAUUGCGGCUAAUGCAGCUGAUGAUGGUCAGUGGUCCCAGGGACUCAUUUCUGCUGCCAGGAUGGUGGCUGCGGCAACCAGCAACUUGUGUGAAUCGGCUAACGCCUCAGUGCAGGGUCACGCCAGUGAGGAGAAACUCAUCUCCUCUGCCAAGCAAGUAGCAGCAUCCACUGCCCAACUUCUGGUCGCCUGCAAGGUGAAAGCUGACCAAGACUCGGAAGCCAUGAGAAGACUCCAGGCUGCUGGAAAUGCUGUGAAAAGAGCCUCUGAUAACCUGGUCAGAGCAGCACAGAAAGCUGCAUUCAGCAAAGCUGAGGAUGAUGAUGUUGUGGUGAAGACGAAGUUUGUAGGAGGAAUUGCACAGAUCAUAGCAGCUCAAGAGGAAAUGUUAAAGAAGGAAAGAGAGCUGGAAGAAGCCAGGAAGAAGCUGGCUCAGAUCCGCCAACAACAAUAUAAAUUCCUACCAUCCGUCCUGAGAGAGGAGGAGAGCUAG